AAGAGAGAGAGAGAAUGGUUUUGAAUUCAAAAGGAGUGGACAAGACAAGACAACCUGGAUGCAGUUUCCACGCGUUGUGUUCCUUCUCCUACAAAUCCCAUUUCCUUCACUCACCAUUCUCAAUGAUUCCCAAUUGCUAGAACAACACUUUCCCCACACCCAAGUUCACUGCUUCUCAAUCCCAAAGGGGCGUUGCAGUGAAUUGGGUUGAUGUGCGAUGCAGAGAUCACGAAAAGCUCUUCUGGAAAGAAGGGCUGUGGAGAAAAAGGCCACAAGUGGGAGGAACUAUCUGUAUAAAAUUUCUCUUUCGUUAGUCUUUGUUUUGUGGGGCUUGGUCUUUCUCUUCAGCUUAUGGAUAAGCUGUGGCUAUGGUUAUGGAGAUGGAUGUAGAGAAGUUCCAGUUGGUGUAUCAAAUUGGCAUGAAGAUGAACACAAACAAUGUAAAAACUCUAACUCUGCUGAUGAAUAUUUGACUAAAGAGACAGAUGACACCUAUACUCCUUCUGGGACUUUCUCCUCUGAUGUUGCCAAAUCCAAUGGUUUUAUUGUCGAGUCACUUUCCAGUGGAGAAAGCAUAAACAAUGUUGUACUGGGUGACAAAGAAAAUCACAUUUCUCCUAAGAUAGAGGAGCAUGAAGUUGAGAGAUCUGAAUCUUCUGUGAAACUUCAAAAUGAUGUGCACAAGAACCAUCACUUGUCUCAGGCGAUGCCUCUUGGUCUUGACGAAUUCAGCAGGUCAAUUAGUUCUAAAGUUAAGUCUGGCACUAGUCCGCAUGGAAAUGUAAUACAUAGAUUAGAGCCUGGUGGUGCAGAAUACAAUUAUGCUUCAGCAGCAAAGGGAGCAAAGGUGCUAUCUUCUAACAAAGAAGCCAGAGGUGCCUCUGAUAUCCUAAGCAGAAACAAAGACAAAUAUCUCCGAAAUCCGUGUUCUUCAGAAGAGAAAUUUGUUGUUAUAGAACUUUCAGAAGAAACCUUGGUAAAAACAAUAAAAAUAGCUAAUUUUGAGCACCAUUCUUCCAAUUUCAAAGAUUUUGAAUUGCAUGGCAGUUUGGUCUACCCAACAGACAGUUGGAUAUUUCUCGGGAACUUCACAGCCUCAAAUGUGAAGCAGGCUCAAAGGUUUGUUCUUCAGGAGCCAAAAUGGAUGAGAUAUCUGAAAUUGAACCUUCAAAGCCACUAUGGUUCAGAAUUCUAUUGCACACUAAGCAUUGUUGAAGUUUAUGGGGUGGAUGCCAUUGAGAGAAUGCUGGAGGAUUUGAUAUAUGCUCAAGAUAAUUCAUUUGUGUCUGGGGAUGGUAAUGGUGAGAAGAGGGUAGCAUCAUCCCUCCUUGCUAACGCUGAUGAUGCUGGUGAUGUUCGACAAAAUACUAUGAGAGGGAUCAAUUCUGAUCCUACUUCAGAAAUCUCUUCUGAAAACAAAGAAUCUGUAAUUGUGAAUAGUAAUGUUCCUGAUCCAGUUGAAGAAAUCCGUCAACAAGUUGGCCGGAUGCCUGGGGAUACUGUUCUCAAGAUUUUGAUGCAGAAAGUUCGCUACCUAGACUUAAAUUUGUCUGUUUUGGAGCAGUAUAUGGAGGACUUGAAUUCCAGAUAUGUCAGUAUUUUCAAAGAGUAUGGCAAAGACAUGGGAGAAAAAGAUCUACUUCUAGAGAAGAUCAAAGAAGAAAUUAGGCGUUUCCUUGAACAACAAGAUGUUAUGAUGAAAGAACUUAGUGAUCUUGAUUCGUGGAAGUCCCAUAUUUCUGUGCAACUGGAUCAUGUGCUCAGGGACAAUGCUGUUUUAAGGUCUGAAGUUGAAAAAGUCAGGGAAAAUCAAGUGUCAAUGGAGAACAAGAGUGUGGUUGUGUUUUCUGUGUGUGUUAUUUUUUCAUUUCUUGCUAUAUUACGGCUAUCAUUAGAUAUGAUUAUGAGCAUCUAUAGAGCGUUCUUCAGUUUUGAAAGAACAGUAACCUCCAGGAAAUUUUUCUCUUCCUGGUUUCUCAUUUUACUCAGUUGUAGCAUCAUUAUUUUCACAUUAACUUUAUGAUAAUCCAUUUUCAAGCUAUCUUCUGCAUGA